UACACCUCUCCAAGGAAGAGUAGGAAUGCCAGCUGGGUUAGCAGUAUCUACAGUGGCUAUGGAGGCAGACCCAGUACCUCUGAUGGCAGAUAUUCUACACAUGUUCCUUAUAGAAACUCUCUACUCACUAUGAUGCUGAGAGACAGUCUGGGUGGUAACUGUCUAACUGUGAUGAUAGCUACACUGUCUAUGGAGGAAGAGAACCUGGGCGAGACCAUCUCUACCUGUAGAUUUGCUCAGAGGGUGGCUUGUAUUGCCAAUAAUGCUAAGAAAAAUGAAGAGAUAGAUGACAAAUCCAUGAUCCAAAGAUUAAGGAAAAGAAUAGCAGAACUUGAAGCAGAGGUAGCAAACUUAAAGGCCUUACAGUACCAGAGCAUGGACGGUGAGACGCUGGCUGCCAUGAUGGAGAAACUGACAGACGAAGACAAGAUUACCUGUAGUCGGCUGAUGCAGCAGUACAUAGUGGGGAAAGUGAAGGACCCUGUCACUGCAGGUGUCACAGAUCCCUUCAAGUUCCGGGAAUGUCUGCGCAUCCUUAAGGAGAUGAUCAUGAAGAAAUAUGCUGGUGGUCAGAAUAAUGGGACCGGGGUCAGCCUGUCAGAGGCGGUGAAGAGUCGGCCCAUCUCCAACACCUCAGGGAUCAGUACAGCGACCAGUGGGUUUGACGAGACUAUGCCAGGACAGGCAGAGAAGGAGCCAAGCAACAAGAUUAGAUUUGCUGGGCCGUUCAGCAGCCCAGCCGUGUCCAAGAUUCAGCGGGCAGUAUCUGAUGACCAGCUGGCAAGACCAGCCACAGCCUAUGAGAGGCCAACAGACAUGGACUAUAUAGAUAUCUACAGGGACCCUGUGAUGAACAACUUGGUCAAGCCCACUCCCUCGGCAUCCUCUCCCAGGAACUCAGACACCAUAGACAGCAAACCUAGGAAAACACCAGAGCCAUACAAGUCUCCAUUUGAAAGAAAGAAAGAGAAAGAGAUUAAAAAACUGAACAAGAAAGUUGAGAAGACAUUUGAGGACCAGCUGGAGCAGCAGCACCACUUGAUAGAAUUCCAGGCCUCCAUCAAAGAGCAGCAGUUAGAACUGAUUGAGAAGGAGUUAAGCAAUAAACUGGAGGCCACCAGAACUCAGGUGACAAACCAGCAAUCUUACCUCAUCCAGCUGAAACAAAGCCGUGCAGACCCAGAGCUACUGGCUCAGGAGAAACUUGUGGAAAGACAACUCAGGAAAAGAGAGGCAAAGUUAGACAGCAGACUGAAAAUAAUCAGGCAGCAGAAGUCAGAAAUCCAAGAGGCGUACAAGUCCCAGAAAGAGGCUCUUCACAAUUCUGCAAGGACAGAAAGCCCUCGUAGAGUCGGCAGCAGUUUGGAGGAAAAGUUUCAGCAGUAUGUGAAAAGAGAUGGCAAGCUCAACUCCAGACAAGUUUUGGAUAUGCUGUCUCAACAGGAUAAAGAUCAGGAAAAGCUGCAAUCAAAGAUUGAGAAGAGCCGUGUUCUUUCUUUGAGCAAGCAGCUAGAAAUAAAGGAAGUUUCCACAAGACAGAAACUGCAGGAAUUUAAAGAAAGAUUAAAACAAGCCAAGCUGGGCAAUUACAGCUUUGACAGUUCUGAUAGCAUAAGCUCUCCAGACAAGACCGGCCAAAGUGUGGACACUAACUCAUUUCUAGGGUCUGUGAAUGACCGUCCGACCACCAAUAUGUCUUCCUAUUCAGAUAGUCAAGAUACCUCAGUGUCUUACCAGGAAAGCAGAGAUUCCUCCACCCCAACGGUGCUGAAACCAAAGAUGAGGUACGCUUUUGGAGAGUUAUUGCCUCCAACUCCUGAGGUGCCAGAACAUGAAUCUCCACGGCAACGUGAAUUUAGUCCAAUCAGCAGUCAUCCAGCAGUACCAAAGAUUAAUAUUUUAGACCUUGAAAAUGAUGCAUCUAUGAGUGAAAGUAUAAAUGACAGACAUAAGCCUAAUCAUAUGAGAGAUGGUUCAGUAUCCCCACGAGAUGUUCAGAAGACUCCGAGAAAUCCCAGGAAAAAUAUAUUUAUUUUAAACCCUGAGAGGUCACCAGAGAGACACAACAAAAGUGGAGGAAAGUCGACUGAUAAGUGGGAGUCUGCUUAUAGGUAUAAAUCUCCAGAAAGAAGUAUGAACUUUGAUAAUAUGUCUGGCAUACAAGGCAGGGCGACGUUUCAGUUUUCUGACUUUGAUUCCAUUGCAUCCUCAACUGAUCCACUAGCUCAGUACUCAGGCCAGUUCAUCACAUCCUCACCAUUCCAGAAAACUGCAUCCCAUCCAAGUAACAGUAGUGCCAAAUAUCAGAAUAAUCAUCACAAAUCUCCAUCAAAUGAUAAUACUUACACUCACCAGCAGAGAUCCAGGGACCAAGAUUCAGUAAUCACAAACACUUCCAAGGAGAGUAGCAGGUCUGGUAGAAGUCCAGAGAGGAAUGGUAAGAAAUACCGUACCCAGUAUUACAAAGCUCUCCGCAAGGCACAGAAGCAUGGCAAGAGGGCUAAUUUCAGUAAAUUUGAUUUAGACAGAUUAGACAUGGGGAGUAGUUCCUCUAAGAGAUCUCAGGCUGAGGACUAUGACAGAUCAUUUGAGAAAUACACCCCCAGUGAGUAUGUGCAGAAUACAAAUACUAGUUUUGAUGCCAGAAAGAUGGGACUGUCCUCUAAAAGUUUUGACUCGACUUUGGCAUCCAUGCUUGGAAAAGAGGCGUUGAAUGCGCAAUAUACUAGUGACAUCUAUAAUCAGUUUGCCAAUACGAACUCUCCCAGAGGGCAACACCAAUCUCGAUCACCAGAACGGAGAAGGGACAAGGUGAAUUCUCAAAGUAAAAGUCCGGCACGAUCUCGGGGUCGCUCAAGAAAUGAAUCUCCAGAUAGUAGAGACAGAAAAAGCGUAUCUCCCACCAAAAGCCGUGCUCAAAAUUCCAGAAGCAGUAAUUCCCCAAGCAGAUCUUCUGGAUGGAGUAGAAGCAAAGAUGCGUCGCCAAGUAGAAACAACAAUAACAAGACAGCCUCUGGUAAAGAAAGAGGCAGAAAGAAUGACAGAAAUAAAGAGAGAAGGGAGACGUCGCCCAGUAGAAACUCCUGGGGGCCAGAGGCUAAGAACAAGUCCAUUUCAGAGAGCUUAGAAAAAUUUUUGACAGAAUUGCCACCAUCUACAUCUAAAUUGAGACACUCAGGUAUCAGGAGCUUGGAUGACAGUGAUAUUCCUACACCAAGACCUGCAGCUCGCAAAGACUUCAGGGUUCAGGCAGCUGAAAAUAAACCAAAACUGGUGGAGUUUCAAGAAUGUUUGGAGGAAUACCAUCCCAAGAUUAAAGCCCUGCCUGACCAAGACCGUGAAAACAAAUUCAUGUCAGUGGCAAGAGAGCAGAAGGACCGUGUGACCCGUAUUCGUAAAGCCAGACAUGCGGCUGAGGUCAUUCAGAGGGCAUGGAAGCGAUACAAGACAAGAAAAAGAUGAGACUUUGAUGAAGUAACAUAUUCAACUUUUCCCUUACAUUUGAGCAUGGACAAAUUGACGUAAUUUUGUCCAUGAUUUGAGUGACUUUCACAGUAUCACACACCAUUCAAACACAAUAAUGUAUAUGUAGGUGCUGCAGUCAUAAUUAUCCAGUACACAGGAUAAAGGAAUGUCUGUCUCUAAAACAAAUUUAUCAUGUCAUCAUGUCAAGCCAAACUGUGAUUUUGUUAAUCACCCAUUUUUUCAUGUAUUCUUUUGUGAAAGUAUCACCAAUAGUUUCAUUUUUUAAAAGUGUUAAUGCAAUUUAAAAAAUGUUUCAAAAAAAACAUAUUGCAAAU